AUGAAGGGAGGUGUGGUGGCACGAUUCACGAUGAAGGGGAGAAAAAAUAGUGGCGCAGUGGCUUGCGGAGGGGCUAGGGCUGUCGUGCACGACUCAAAUGCGUUGAUUCCGGUGCGGUGGUUAGGCUGGACUAGAGAGAGUGGAUGGGAGCUUGUUGCUGCUGGUGCGGUGGCUGUGGGAUUGCCGAGGGAGGCCACGGUGGCUCGCGAAGGGUUAGGGCUACUGCGCGUAGCUAAGGUCAGUCGUGGUUGGUCACGCGGUGGCGAAUUUGGGGUUGAAAUUGACGAGAAUCUGUGA